UGGUCUAGAAGUAACACAGAGGAAACUAAGUACAUGUUGCUCUCUCGUCACCAAAAUGCAGGGCAAAAUCAUGACUUAAAGAUACGAAACAGAUGUCCUGAAAACGCGGCACAGUUCAGAUAUUUGGGAACGACGAUAACAAAUCAAAACCUGAUUCAGAAGGAAAUUAAGAGGCGACUGAACUCGGGUAAUGCUUGCGUGAACUUCGUCUUCUCCGUUCAGUUCUCAAGCCGAACACGUGGGCGCAGCGAUAAGGACCUAGACUCCUCUUUUGAAGGUGCUGGUUUCGAUUCUAGACCGGGAUACGGACUAUUCUCACAGAGACGUUCGUGUUUUUCGACAGUUCCUCGACUAGCCUACGAACUCUUCCUUCCAAAUCCUUAUCCAUCACUCGCCCAACCAUUCAGCUCUAAAUAAAAGUACAAAAAAAGGGAUGGGAGAGUGCUUUUCCUCCACACCCCAUAUACACCUUUGUGUCUAGGGUAAAUUUACUGUUACCUUACCCUCUUGAUUUCUAACAAUGCACAUGCACGCGGGUGUGCCUACGCGAUUCAAGAUUCAGCUCGCACAGGACCUGAGCAGUGCUCACUAGGCUCGGUGUUCCUCAACGAAUGCGUUGAACCACGAUGGACAAUAAGUUCUGUGAAGCAUUGUGGACAGGGCCCGCGGAAUUUUGAUUUUCUAUUGGGUGUGUAGCGUCAUGUGGAAAGGCAAAUUUGGCUGCAUGAGAAUCACGCAGUAGCAGCCUCGAACUCAGCUUUGCUUGAAGUGUCUGGAUGGCCGGCCACAACUCUUGUUCCUUUUCCUGUACUGUACCCUUGCCAAUAUGUACGGUGGCCACUGGUGUUAAAGCGAAGAGUGUGGCUUUUUGGAAGGAACUCGAAUCCUCCUUCCCGAUCUCUCGUGGCUACGUGAGUAUACAUUAAUUUUGUGUGCGCAACUUGAGGUUCCCAUGGCAGUAACUGAAGAUGUGCCGCCGUGUAGUCUGGUAGUUCGUUACCAAUGUUUCGAAUUAACUAGGCACUUUCAUCAGCGGUGGUUCCACGUCCUGUAUGUUGUGAUAUUGACAACAAAAGCAACCUUACCCCGGGCGAAGCACUGGUACUUCUCGCUGUAUGACCAAAGUUAUUCGCUGUUUCCAGGGCAACAAGCAGUGGUGACCAGUUUCUAUAAUGGACAGCAGCCAGAUGGUCAUCCUCCUUAUUGUGUUGCUGGCAAUCUAUAUUCAAGAGGCAGAUGUGACACUCAAACCAGCAUCUGCAUAUUUCAACAUCUGCCCCAGGAGUCACCCCCAUUUCAAUGAAUGCCUCGGGAACACUGUAGAACAACUGCGUCCAUUUCUGGUCAAAGGGAACCCAGAGCUGGACAUUGUGCCAUUGGACCCACUCAACAUUCCCAGCCUGGAGUACCAAGACAAGCUGAGAGGCCUCCAGUUAAGGGGUGUCUACACCAACAUAACCGUUCAUGGCAUAAAGGACUUCAAGUUACUGAGCAUAAAUGCAGACAUGGACAAAUUGUCUUUCGACAUGAAUGUGUCCAUCCCAUUCCUGCGGGUCACAUCAUACUACGAGAUGAAUGGGAAAAUUGCACAGCUACCCCUCAACGGCAAGGGUGACUCAGAGUUCAAUUUCACUGAAGUGACGAUAUCAGCGCGCUUGUUGGGAAAGGUGGUUACACACAGAGAUGUACAGUACCUGAUAAUACGUGACGUCCCGUGGACCAUGGACAUCACAGGAGCGAAAGUCAGGCUGAAUAACUUGUUCAGCCGCAACCCAAUACUCAGUGUUGCAGCCAAUAGCAUUUUCAAUGAAAAGUGGCGAGAGGCAUUCGACACUUAUAAACACUUGGCGACAAAGUCGCUGGGAGUUAUUUUCAAGGACAUGAUCAAUAAAGUGCUUCAGAAGUUUCCACUUGAGGAGCUGUGCCCAAAGAUGGUCGACUUGAGACUGAUGCAAAUAUCUCCGUUGCUAAGUGGCGAGCCAGGUAACGGCCACCAUGAUGAGUUAUUACCAUCUGAAGGAGAAGAGGGGCAGCUGUCUUGUGGUCACGACUUAAGGGAAACUGUUAAGGAGUCUGUCACGUCAGCGGCAGAUCCAGUGAGAAUCAUGCAACUGGACCGAGCGCUGGUUCUCGUCUUGGUGACGGGCUUGCUGCACGGCGACGCGAUCGCCCUGUAUGCCUCUGACCUGUUCACGAUAUGCCACAGGAACGACUCACAGCUCGGUGAGUGCGUCAAGAGAUCACUAGACGGCCUGCGCUCGACGCUCAGAUCAGGAAUCCCUCAGCUGAAGAUUCCUCCAAUGGACCCGCUGCUGAUCCCUGAGCUCAGCGUGGACCACGCAUCUGGGCCUGUGACCAUCGACUCCACAUUCAGAAACUUGCACAUACAAGGCAUCACGAACUUCAGAGUCAGGAAAGUGAGUACCGACUUGGAGAACUACCGGAUGCAAUUCGACGUGGCCUUCCCGUACGUACAAUCGCAUGGAGACUGCGAGAUCAACGGCAAGAUACUGAUGCUGCCAAUUUCGGGCAGCGGCGACUGCUGGAAUAACUACACUGGCAUCACUGCUAUCGGCUUGCUGAUUGGUCACAAGGAGUCACGUGACGGUCAGGACUACAUGAAAGUUGACGAAUUCAAGUUCAGUAUUGGCAUGAAUCAUGCUGACAUACAUUUCAACAACCUGUUCAACGGGAACAAGGAACUGGGCGAGUCCAUGAACGAGCUCUUCAGCCAGAACUGGGAGGCCGUGUUCCAGGAGCUGAAGCCGCUAGUGGACGAGACCAUCAGCGCCAUCCUCACGGACGUCGCGCGCAAAGUGUUCGAGCGCUUCCCGUUCGCCGAGCUGUUCCCCGUCAGCUGAGCAAGGUACCACUGUUAUUCAUCAGACAAAAAUAAAUAAAUCAAAAAUAAAUAUCUUGGGGCAACAUCAGGAACGCUCAAAGUAAUUACGUAAUUUCCCGCAAUGAAGGAUCCAAGACAAUGUA